AUGCAGAGCCUCAAUCAUGUGAAUAUCAUUGAGAUUCUGGGCUACGACAAGGCUGAUACUCUCGAACCCGAGAUGGUAAUGCCAUAUCGCUCUGGCUCGUUGAGCACGUUCGUCGGCCUCAAGAUGCCGGAUGCACAAUACGAACAAGCUUGUCGGGACAUUUUGGAGCAAAUGCUCUGUGCUCUGGACUAUCUCGUCAACUUUGGUGUAGUACACCGUGACUUGAAACCUGAGAACAUCCUCUACGAUCACGGUGUCUCACCAGGCCGCUACAUCUUCCAGUUGGCCGAUUUUGGGCUCGCUAAUCACCAAAAGCUCGCGAAAACAAUGUGCGGCACCGUCACGUACCAAGCACCCGAGCUGUGGCCAGAGCUUUCGGGACUUUCUGAAUCGUCCUACCAACAGAGCCCCAAGAUAGACGUUUGGUCACUCUACGAAGCCUUUGUCGCGAUGUCGAGCAAGAUGAAAGCUUUCCCGCCUCGUGGUAAGUACGGCAUGUCUGAGCUCUACAAAAUUUCCAAGACACUGCUCCUCGACUCCGUCAAAAUCCAUAAACAGCUCGCGCCCAUGGCGGAGCUCGAGCCGGACCGUCGCGCUUCUGCUGCAUGGAUGCUCAACAGUCUGUUCGAAGGCCGGGGGAUGACGACGCGCCCAGGGAAGAUUGAGCCGUACUAUCCUCCAGGAACAGUUCUUCCCCGUCCUGCGCGUGUUCAGACAGCACCUCGCCGCCAGUGGUCAAGUAACAUGGAUAUCGACGAACCGCAGAACAUGGCGCCGCCUGCUAUAAUAUUCCCGCAAGGUGGUAGAGCGGACGUCGAUAUCCCAAUCAUCGUACACACCCGUGCAGUCCUUGACAGGCGGGAUGCGCAAUUGAGGUUCUGGACUUUGUUUUACUUUCCGAGUAUUCCUGAAGAAGAUUCGGUUCAGGUCGAUGACCAUGAAACACCCGGCGAAGUUGUCAUUUGA